GGAAUUGCACAAAUCGUUGUACUAUGUAGGGCGAAUCAUACGACCGUAUUAUAUCGCUGUGAUUUCAAAUUAUAAUGCGAUUAAUGAGUUCUCUUUAGCAACCAGUACAUUUGACAUGUCUUUUGCUGCAUGGCUAGUGUUAUUCAUUUACAAGGGACAUGGCUCCGAUUAUUGUCACAGUCCUCCAGGUAACAUUUUUCAUUUAAGAUACAACUCGAAUAUGUUGGUACGUUGCGGUACAGAAAAUAUUUUACGAGAGUGGUAUUCGAUCGAUAUGAAUAGAACCGAGAUCAAUGAUUUAGCAACGUGGAGUUUAGAAAAUGGAAUAACUAAAAUUGCUUCUGAUUUUCUUUAUAAAAGGAGAAGUAAUUUACAGGGUUUGGUAAUGAGAGCUGUUAUAGUUAAGGAUUCGUCGUUCCUAAUCGUAAACGAGGAUGGCAAAUUAGAUGGUAUAUUAGGUAGAAUAUUAAGAAACCUUUGUGUGACUCUCAAUUUUAGUAUCAACAUUGUCUCGGAAGUAGAAGAAUAUGGAAAUUGGAAUUCUAAAGAAAAGACUUGGUCCGGAGCAGUGGGAGAAUUAUAUGCAGGACGUGCUGACAUUUCUAUUGCAGAUUUUACUAUUACCGGUCCCAGAUUGAAUGUUGUCGACUUUACGCUUCCUCUUUUGCUUACGAAAAAAUGUCUUUACAUUCGCGAACCACAAAUAUUUGCGAUUAAAUGGUCAUCUUUUAUUCUAGCAUUCUCCUAUUCCAUUUGGAUAGCUAUAUUGAUGAUAUUAAUUGUCGGAUCAAUUUUACUAAUUUUUCUCAAAAUAAAAAAUGGAAGCGAUCGUAAAAUAAGAGAUUUGUUGUCAGACAAUUUUUUGGAGAUUUGGGGUAUAUUUUGUCAACAGGGACUGGCAGAUCCUCUUUAA